AUGUUGGCAUGGGGAUUGAUCAAUGUCGGUAUGGGAUUUAUCAAGACCGUUCCACAACUACUUGUUUUGCGCUUUUUGCUUGGAAUGACUAUUGCAGGUUUCUUUCCGGGCAUGAUAACAUACUUAUCACAAUGUUAUCCCGUAAAACAGCGAACUAUACGAAUUGUCAUUUUCUAUGCAGCCGGUAUUAUAUCAGGAGCUAUUAGUGGUAUUUUACUUGGAUACACAAAUACACAAGGACCACUGAUGUCGAUUCCACCAUAUGUGUCUGCAUGUGUCUUUGCCGUAGCAGGUAGUUUUUCCGUAACAAGAUUUAAUGAACAUGGAUAUCACGUAGCAUUUUUUAUCAUUAUUGCUGGAGUUAGUUUUGCUCUCAUGGCAAUUUUCGAUAGAGUUAGUUCAGUUGCAGUGUAUAUAAGUGGAUGUUGUGCAUGUACUGGAAAAUAUUCAGCAUAUGCUUUACUUAUAGCAUGGUUAGCUAAAAAUCUAAGUGGUCGCAUAAGAAGAUCAUUAGCCGUUGCAUUCGUCGUUGGACUUGGUCAAAUCGGUGGAGCAAUUUUACCAUUCAUUAUGCAUGAUAAAAAUGAACCGAAUUUUCGUCAAAUUCAUACUACAUAUGCCAUUGUAAUGGCAGUCAUUAUGUUUCCUACUUUACUUCUUCGAUUUGUUUCAACUAAUCGAGCAAACUCAGCGGCAAUUAAUCAUAUUGAAGUACUCGAACAACCUAAUAGUGUACAUGACGCAUAA